CCCCACCUGACUGGUCACAUGAUCUGAACUGUAUGGAAAAACAUGGCUUCUUGCAGAAGCCACCAGUAACUUAAUGUUUGUAAAGUUGAAGUACAUGUAUAAAAUACAAUGUUUAUCAGAGCUGUUGUUACUCUCUGUGUAGUUUCUGCGUGGUGUAACAUAAUAGAAGAGGAUAACGUUGCGGUGCAAGACAAAGAAAAUGUUCCUUCGGAUUCUGAAAACCCAGGCUGUGGUUGUAAUUCUUUUCAGAGGGAUGGCGGAACAAACACUGUAAAAACCCAUAUAUGGCACGAUCAGGCCGCUGCAAAAUAUUCAAAAAACGAAGAUCAGAUUGAUGGUGAAGAGCAUCAACAAAUCUCUGAUGUACCCAAGGAGAUGGUCUGGAUCCCUGCAGGGGAGUUUCUUAUGGGGACAGAGAAUCCUGGGAUUCCACAGGAUGGGGAGGGACCUCAGCGGAGAGUGCACCUGGAUGGCUUUUACAUGGAUGUUUUUGAGGUCAGCAACCUGGAGUUCCAGAAGUUUGUCAACACUACUGGCUAUGUGACAGAGGCAGAAAAGUUUGGAGACUCAUUUGUGUUUGAGGGAUUAUUAAGUGAAGCUGUAAAAAACCAGAUCUCCCAGGCGGUGGCUGCUGCACCUUGGUGGCUGCCUGUCCAAGGGGCAGACUGGAGGCACCCAGAAGGCCCCGACUCGGACAUUGUCGGCAGGCUAGAUCAUCCUGUGCUGCAUGUGUCUUGGAAUGAUGCUGUGGCUUAUUGUGCGUGGAAAGGGAAGAGACUGCCCACUGAAGCGGAGUGGGAGUAUGCCUGUCGUGGGGGUUUGAAGGACAGGAUUUUUCCCUGGGGUAACAAAUUAAAUCCCAAAGGACAGCAUUAUGCCAACCUCUGGCAAGGAGAGUUUCCAAAUCACAACACAGGAGAGGAUGGCUACAUAAAAGCAGCUCCGGUGACAUCGUUUCCUGUCAAUGGCUAUGGGCUGUAUAAUAUGGUGGGAAAUGCCUGGGAAUGGACAGCAGACUGGUGGAACAUACAUCACACCACAGAUGAGCUACACAAUCCUACUGGCCCAACCAUGGGCAACGAUAAAGUGAAGAAGGGAGGAUCCUAUAUGUGCCACAAGUCUUACUGCUACAGAUAUAGGUGUGCAGCCCGAAGCCAGAACAGCCCUGACAGCUCGUCCUCCAACCUGGGCUUCCGCUGCGUCUCCCAGAAGCGCUCCUAACCCUCGGGACCUCAUCGCAAACUCGACGGGGCUGGGAGGGAUCGCCGUUCUGAGUGACAUCCCAUCUGUACGCCUCAGACUCACUGGGCCUUUCACCAUCAGCUGACAACAUUUAUACCUGGACCUGGCACAUGGCGUCCAGGUUAUCAACAACAUUCCUUUCAGAAUCAGUUUCCAUCUCUGUUAUUUUUUUCAUUUUUUUUUCUUUCUGUUAAUUCCAUUUAGUUGCGGGUAUGAGGAAUGUUGUAUUUUGUAUGAAAAUAAACAUAGGAUUUGUCUGUUUAUAAA